GUUGUUUUGAAGCGAGACGGAAAUUGCGUGAACUUGACGAGAAAGAAUUCGACGUUGGACCGAUUAUUGGUGUUCGUUGUCCAAUAAAAUUUUUCGCACUUAGGAACAUUUCUCCUAGUGAUUGCCGUAUUAACAGCUUUGUUGUUCUCAAUUCAAUGCUUUAAUGGGUAAUAAUGUUCUGAUGUUUGAAGUGACUACUGUGCUGUUGAUUGUUAUAUUGUUGUAAAUACUGUACAACAGAUGAGUCUCUGAAGGCAAAUUUAUGAUCGGUUGCAAUCAUCAGUCUAAUAAACCCUUAUUCUUAUUUGAACUAACCAGAGGGACAGAUUAAUCAUUAAUAUAAGGUAUGUGAUAAAGUAAUAAAAAUGUCACCUUGACAUCCAACCAUAAGUUCUGAACUGGCUGAACAGGAUUUACAUAAGUAUUGAAAUUUACGUAUGAUUCCUUAUAUUUUAUUUCAGAAAUUUUCAUUGCGUAGUCUGCCAAUUUAAAUUGAUAUCUAAUGUCUUGGUAGACUGUAGAUCAUUCUUUGAAAACAACGGGCCAAUGACACUUAGUAGCCCUUUCAGUGCACUGAAUUAAAUUUAGUACCAGUAUCUUUUGCGAAAACUUCACAUAUUUAAUUGAUGCUCGGACGAAAUAGAAGCUGUCGCUUAACGGAUUUCCAUAUCUAGCAGCAGUGGAUCAUCGAUGCUUCCAGUUUGUUACCAAUGAAAAACAAGAAUCAGACAACAAUUCGAUUGAGUGAACAAAUAUCUGGAUACAUGAUCGAUGAAAUGUCAAGUGAAAGUUCUGAAGGUGGGAGACGGUUUUUAAGAAAUCCAGAGAAACGAAUCAAUAAAAAUGUUGUUCGAAAACAAUCUCCAGCUACAACUGAAGAUGAAAAUACUGAAGAUUUACUGACACCGUUUAGUGCAGGAAAAACGUCAAUAGAUUUUAAUAAAUAUUCAACACAAAAGGUAUUUAAUAGCAAACUGACAAAUACAAAUGGGACAAAAUCAAAGGAAUUUGAAAAAUAUUGUAUCAAUAAUAAUGUUGUGAAUGAACCAUUAGUAGUACGAAUAAAUAAUGAGAAUGAUUUAAGUAGAAUUUCAGCUUUGUCCUUCAAUGAUAAGAAUUCACUGACUGAUGCAAGUAGAGAACCUUCACGAAUUGAAAGCAAAAUGAGUACAUUCGAUGAUCAAUUAAUAUUAUCUGUUGAUGAAUUAGUGAAUGAGAAUAGAAUAGAUUGCGGAAGUUAUUGCUCAACUAAUCGUUUUGACAAAUCGUACAAUGAAAAAUCACUGAUAGAUAUUGAAGAAAUUAUUGAAUGUGAAAACUCCCAUUCAUCUAGCUUGACGGAGAAGAUAUCUAAUAAAAAACUUCCAUUGGAAAAGAUAUCUUGUCAAGUGGACAAUGAAAACAAUACUAGUGAAAUAGAUGAAUAUUCAGAUGAUUUUGAAAAUGAACAAGAUCUAACUAGUUCAACUAAAGAAAAUUUAAAAUGCAAUCUAAUCACAACGCAGAAAUCAUUAUCACUUAAAACAAAAAUGGCUGAUUGUUCAGUAAAUCAAAAAGUUUAUAAUGCAGAAUAUCAAAAAACGUAUCUGAAACCGAACAAACAAAGGAUGCUGAAGUUCAAACAGUGUGGUCAGGUGAUUUUUCACAAAACUACCAUAUUCCACACAACCUUCCAAUAAUAAAAUAUGAAGAAAUUCCUAAUUCUACUGUUAACACUACUCUUGAAAUGCAAAAUAUAACGUCAUCGCUCAUAAAUUACAAAACAUUACAUACCUUAACAACUUAUAAUCCUUGUUUAACUGCACUGGAUAAUAUGUUGAAACAACAAAUAAAUCUUACAAGAGAAUUUUUAAGAACACAAAGAAAUUUACAUGAAACGAUUAGUAAAGCAAUAAGUCAAUGUGUUAUUACCAACAAUUAUAAUUAAAGAGAGAGAUUUAUACAGACUACAGUGAAGAGAUUAUAGAGAAAAAAAUGACAUCUGAAAAGUAUUAAUAAUAACUUUUGAGAUGUACUUCAUGCGGUUCAAUAAACUGAACACUAAUACUAGGAUUAUUAAUAUCAUUAAUUUUCUAGAGUAUAAAUUAUAUUCAAUUAGUUGAUAAGUAUAUGAGAGUAUAAUGGUUAAGUGAAAUUUUAUUAAAGCUAUUUAAUCGACAAUUUGUAAUCUUUAUUUUUCUUCUUUAAAACGCAUAUUACGAAAUAUGAAAUUAUCUUUGUAUUUAUCAUAAACAUGAAAUAUGCUACCUCCCUCCCCCCUUUUCACUUCACUAUGUAAAAUAUGAAUAAAUGUUAUUUUAAAUUACAGUACAAUAUUUAUAUUUUAUUUACAAAUAUAUAUAUGAAAAUG